CUGUUUAGUGAAACAUGAAAAAAAAAAAAAUUGUUGUUUUUUUUGUACAAAUCUUGCGUGACACAGAAAUUCUUAGUGUCACGUAAUUAUUCAUAUUCUCAUUGUGUAUUCCAGGAUGCUUUGAGUUGUCCCGGGCGAGUCAACCUAGAAACUCGAUGCUUUGCUACGGUGCAAAAUUAAUUUUCCUCUGGACCCCUUUUCCACCCGAACUUUCUCCCUUCGGUCGCCUCGGUUUUCACAUUCUCAUUGUGUAUUCAAUCCUCCCUUGUGGACCAACUAGAUUCUAGGAAGCUCGUACUUUGCUGUGGUACAAAAUUAAUUUUCCCUCGAAUCCCUUAGCGAAUCCCAUCCUUCGAUCGAUUACCAACGAAUCAAACUAGACGUUUCCCGAAUAAUCAUGAAUAAUCGAAAUUGAUUUUUUCGAAUGUUUCGAAGUUUCUAAUCCGAAAAGCAUCAGCCAGUUCGCGAUUCCAGUUACGAGCGACCGAUUACCUCGAAACCUUUAUCAACGUGGAUGCUUUCCGCAGGAGGAUCCCUCGAUUCUCGGAUGAAAAUCUGAGCAGAAACGCCGGUGCGCCGGAAGUGAGCCGGAACCGGUGACCCAGAUGCGCACGCGACACAAAUACCAGGAAAAAACGACAAUAAUGAUGAGAGUAGAGAUUAACUACAACCACGACAAUAAACACGUAAGACUGAUUCGAAUCGAUUAGACGAGAGAAGUAGAGAAAAGAAGAGAAGAAGAAACGAGAAAUAGAAGGAGACCAGAAUAUAGUGACAGUAGUGUAUCGUCGAUGAGAAAGAUCGUAUAUUUUCGUCGAUUUUUCACGAACAAGAGAAAUAAAGGAUGUAACAGUUGAUGAAAGAAGAAUUUCGAGGAUGAUGCUUCAAAUUGCUUCGCGGAGCAUCUUGGAAAAUCUGUAGAGAAGUUUCUAAUUGGGAAACUGGAAUUCGAAAAACGAAGAGAUGUCACUGAAUCACAGAUAUUACGUAACAACGGUGCCGGACGAGGGCGAGAACAGCUUUAAAAUGCCUCGAGCUUCCGUGGUGCACAUGACUUCGACGGCGACGAGACCGCAACACAUGUCGCAGGUGUUGGCCACCCUGGCACUCUCAAUGGGAACCCUAUCCUCUGGUCUGGCAAAGGGUUACACUUCUCCAGCGUUGGACUCUAUUCUGGAUAAUCAACCCCCUCAUCUUUAUCAAUCUACGAACAACGACACCUGGUCGGCUUUCUCGGUGACGCAACAAGAAGCCUCGUGGGUAGCGUCGUUGUCGAUGCUGGGUGCAUGGUUUGGCGCCAUGAUCGGCGACUGGAUAAUGAGAAGAGGUCGUAGAUUGGCGCUACGAGUGACAUCCUUGCCUCUGGCCGCCGUUUGGAUCCUUACCGGUAUAGCGCCCUGCGUCGAACUGGUCUACGUCACCAGCUUCAUCGGGGGUCUAUGUUGUUCCGUUACCACCAUGGUCGCCCACGUGUACAUAUCCGAAAUCUCAAUGCCGAGCAUACGAGGCUGCCUGUCGGCGAUGCUGAAGGUGCUCGGUCACGUCGGCGUGUUAUUAUCGUACAUAGCCGGCACGUACAUGAAUUGGCGGCAAAGCGCGCUGCUGGUAGCGGUGGCACCGUCGAUGCUCUUUUUGGGCACCCUCUUUAUACCCGAGACGCCGUCGUACCUCGUUCUGAACGGCAAAGACGACGAGGCUGCCAGCAGUCUGCAAUGGCUGCGCGGUGAUCACGUCGACAUACGCCACGAGCUUCAGGUGAUCAAGACGAACAUCCUUGCCUCGAGAGCGAAACAAUAUGAGCUGACAUUCAAGAACAGCAUGUUCACUCCGCGAUUGUACAAACCCAUCGCCAUCACGUGCGGGUUAAUGUUCUUUCAACGAUUUUCUGGAGCGAACGCGUUCAACUAUUACGCGGUCAUCAUAUUCCGUCAGACUCUCGGCGGUAUGAAUCCGCACGGGGCGACCAUUGCUAUCGGUUUCGUCCAAUUAUUGGCUUCUCUGUUAUCAGGAUUCCUGAUCGACAUCGUGGGCAGGCUACCGCUUCUGAUAGCCAGCACGGUCUUCAUGUCUCUCGCGCUGGCCGGUUUCGGCAGUUAUGCCUAUUACAUGUCGCAGACGCAAAAUCUCGGCUACGCGGACUCGCCGGUGGGUGGGCAACACGAUUGGAUACCGUUGCUCUGCGUGCUAGUCUUCACGACCGCUCUCGCUUUGGGCAUAUCGCCAAUUUCGUGGUUAUUGAUUGGCGAGCUCUUUCCUCUCGAGUAUCGCGGCCUCGGCUCGAGCAUCAGCACCAGCUUCAGCUACUUCUGCGCGUUCGUAGGGAUUAAACUGUUCAUGGAUUUUCAGCAGACGUUUGGUUUGCACGGAGCGUUCUGGUUCUACGCCGCGGUAGCGGUAUGCGGACUUUGUUUCGUGGUCUGCUGCGUGCCGGAAACGAAAGGGAAACAACUGGACGAGAUGAAUCCUGAAUACGCGCAAGCCCGGUAGUAUAAGGCCUCGUUGACCGGGGGCCUGUCGAAUCUCGAG